AUAAGAAACGAAUUUCUUUGAAACUUGUAGCGGUGCGUGUGUGCGCGCAGAAAGCGAAUCCCCAAAUUCUUUCAGAAGAGAAUGUGAAGAGUCAGAGAAAGAGACGAUGUUUCAAUCUUCUCGCCGGACUCAUUCUUUUUCUUCUUCUUCCUCCCUCUCCUCCUCCUCCUCCUCCCGCGGCUCCUACUACUUUCCCGAUGACUCUCCCCUCUCCUCCGCCACUCCGAUCCGAUCAUUCUCCGGCGCCAUUCCCUUCUCAUGGGAGCAUCUGCCCGGAAUCCCCAAGAAAUUACAGUCUCCGGCCAGGCUCCGGCAAGAUUCCGCCUCCCCGCUGACCUCUCUCCUCCCCCUGCCUCCCAAUUCCACCACUCCGCCCUCCUCCAAGCGUUUCGGAUUUCAAGAAUGGAGGAAAUCGAACCGCCACAACUCGCAGCGGGAUCCUUUCUUUGACGCCUUCGUCGAGUGCUCCAAGGACCGCGCCUCCGCCGCCGCCGAGCUUUGGAGCGGCGGCGGCGGCAGCAAUGGCGGCAAGGCGAUUUCGAGAAGCUUGAGCGACCGGUUCGGGUUCUUGAAUCUGUACUCUUCCUGCAAACGGACCUGCGGCGUCUCGGAGUCGAUCGUGUGCCUUCCGAGAACGCCGAGAAGUUCCUUCGAUCUGCUGGUGAGGUCCCCGCCGCCGCCGGAUGGAUGCGACGAGAUAAGUGGUUGAUUUGAUUAAUUAGUUUAAUUAAUCCGCGUCUUAUCUGACUAAUAUUCAUGUGAGGUGUCUGAAGAAAACUGGAAGAAAUAUAUAUGAAUAUUAUGAAUAUCGAUCAAUGCGUUUUCUCUUUGCUGUUGGUUUACUGCGCUGGAAUUGUUUGUCAAUUACGUCAAAUUCAAGUUCAAAAUUAGUCAAAUCUCUCUCUCUCUCUCUCUCUCUCUCUCUAUCUCUGUGUAUUAUUUGGCUCUAUAAUUGUUUUGGGCUGUAUCGUUACAUGUGACGCCUCCCGACAUUGUGUUUGUAGUUUACGAAAUUAUCAACUUGCAAUGCUUAAUUUGGUCC